CCCACGGUCUCCAGCUCCUGGGAAGAUGUCCGCUCCAGACCCACCCUUGGGAGGGACGCCUAGGCCGGGCCCUUCCCCGGGCCCCGGCCCCUCGCCCGGGGCCAUGUUGGGCCCCAGCCCGGGCCCCUCGCCAGGCUCCGCACACGGCAUGGUGGGGCCCAGCCCUGGCCCACCCUCAGCAGGACACCCGCUCCCCAGCCAGGGUCCCGGCGGGUACCCUCAGGACGCCAUGCACCCGAUGCACAAGCCCAUGGAGUCCAUGCACGAGAAGGGCAUAGCGGACGACCCGCGCUACAACCAGAUGAAAGGAAUGGGCAUGCGCUCCGGGGGCCACGCGGGGAUGGGGCCCCCGCCCAGCCCCAUGGACCAGCACUCCCAAGGUUACCCCUCCCCGCUGGGGGGCUCUGAGCACGCCUCCAGUCCCGUUCCAGCCAGUGGCCCAUCCUCGGGUCCCCAGAUGUCAUCCGGGCCAGGAGGGGCCCCGCUAGAUGGGGCUGACCCCCAGGCUUUGGGGCAGCAGAACCGGGGCCCAACCCCAUUUAACCAGAACCAGCUGCACCAGCUCCGAGCUCAGAUCAUGGCCUACAAAAUGCUGGCCAGGGGCCAGCCCCUUCCCGACCACCUGCAGAUGGCUGUGCAGGGCAAGCGGCCGAUGCCCGGGAUGCAGCAGCAGAUGCCAACACUACCUCCUCCUUCAGUGUCCGCCACGGGCCCUGGUCCCGGCCCCGGCCCCGGCCCUGGCCCUGGUCCUGGCCCAGCACCUCCAAAUUACAGCAGGCCUCACGGUAUGGGAGGGCCUAACAUGCCCCCUCCAGGACCCUCAGGUGUGCCCCCUGGGAUGCCUGGCCAGCCCCCCGGAGGACCGCCCAAGCCCUGGCCUGAAGGACCCAUGGCAAAUGCUGCUGCCCCCACAAGCACCCCUCAAAAGCUGAUCCCCCCGCAGCCGACGGGCCGCCCUUCGCCGGCACCCCCUGCCGUGCCUCCCGCCGCCUCCCCCGUGAUGCCACCACAGACACAGUCCCCCGGGCAGCCAGCCCAGCCUGCACCCCUGGUUCCACUGCACCAGAAGCAGAGCCGGAUCACCCCUAUCCAGAAGCCCCGGGGCCUUGACCCCGUGGAGAUCCUGCAGGAGCGCGAGUACAGGCUUCAGGCUCGCAUCGCACACCGAAUUCAGGAACUUGAAAACCUCCCUGGGUCCCUGGCCGGGGAUCUGCGAACCAAAGCGACCAUUGAGCUCAAGGCCCUCAGGCUGCUCAACUUCCAGAGGCAGCUGCGCCAGGAGGUGGUUGUGUGCAUGCGGAGGGACACGGCGCUGGAGACGGCUCUCAACGCCAAGGCCUACAAGCGCAGCAAGCGCCAGUCCCUGCGCGAGGCCCGCAUCACCGAGAAGCUGGAGAAGCAGCAGAAGAUCGAGCAGGAGCGCAAGCGCCGCCAGAAACACCAGGAAUACCUCAACAGCAUUCUCCAGCACGCCAAGGACUUCAAGGAGUACCACAGAUCCGUCACAGGCAAAAUCCAGAAACUCACCAAGGCGGUGGCCACCUACCAUGCCAACACCGAGCGGGAGCAGAAGAAAGAAAAUGAGCGGAUCGAGAAGGAGAGGAUGCGGAGGCUCAUGGCGGAGGAUGAGGAGGGCUACCGCAAACUCAUCGACCAGAAGAAGGACAAGCGCCUGGCCUACCUCCUGCAGCAGACGGACGAGUACGUGGCCAACCUCACCGAGCUGGUGCGGCAGCACAAGGCCGCCCAGGUCGCCAAGGAGAAAAAGAAGAAAAAGAAAAAGAAGAAGGCAGAAAACGCCGAAGGACAGACACCGGCAAUCGGCCCGGAUGGCGAGCCUCUGGAUGAAACCAGCCAGAUGAGUGACCUUCCGGUGAAAGUGAUCCACGUGGAGAGCGGGAAGAUCCUCACGGGCACCGAUGCCCCCAAAGCCGGCCAGCUGGAGGCUUGGCUGGAGAUGAACCCAGGGUAUGAAGUGGCUCCAAGGUCUGAUAGCGAAGAGAGUGGUUCAGAGGAGGAGGAGGAGGAGGAGGAGGAAGAGCAGCCUCAGCCCGCGCAGCCCCCCACCCUGCCCGUGGAGGAGAAGAAGAAGAUCCCCGAUCCAGACAGCGAUGACGUCUCAGAGGUGGACGCACGGCACAUCAUCGAGAAUGCCAAGCAAGACGUCGAUGAUGAGUAUGGCGUGUCACAGGCCCUCGCCCGCGGCCUGCAGUCCUACUAUGCUGUGGCUCAUGCUGUCACCGAGAGAGUCGACAAGCAGUCGGCGCUGAUGGUUAAUGGGGUCCUCAAACAGUACCAGACCUUCGGUGCCGUGUUGUUCCUGCAGUGGAGGGGGGACCUAGUGACAAGCAGGGGAGGCUCUCGGUCCCCCACGCUCCCAGUGCUGGCCCUGCUCCCUGCCACGCGAGCCUCCCCUUGGCGGACGCUGUCAAACUGGGCGUAUGAAUUUGACAAGUGGGCCCCCUCCGUGGUGAAGGUGUCCUACAAGGGCUCCCCGGCAGCAAGGCGGGCUUUCGUCCCCCAGCUCCGCAGCGGGAAGUUCAACGUGCUGCUGACCACCUACGAGUACAUCAUCAAAGACAAGCACAUCCUCGCCAAGAUCCGCUGGAAGUACAUGAUCGUGGACGAGGGCCACCGCAUGAAGAACCACCACUGCAAGCUCACGCAGGUCCUCAACACGCACUACGUGGCCCCGCGCCGCCUGCUGCUCACGGGCACCCCGCUGCAGAACAAGCUGCCCGAGCUGUGGGCACUGCUCAACUUCCUGCUGCCCACCAUCUUCAAGAGCUGCAGCACGUUCGAGCAGUGGUUCAACGCGCCCUUCGCCAUGACCGGGGAGAAGGUGGACCUGAACGAGGAGGAGACCAUCCUCAUCAUCCGCCGCCUCCACAAGGUGCUGCGCCCCUUCCUGCUGCGGCGCCUCAAGAAGGAAGUCGAGGCUCAGUUGCCCGAAAAGGUGGAGUACGUCAUCAAGUGUGACAUGUCUGCCCUGCAGCGCGUGCUGUACCGCCACAUGCAGGCCAAGGGCGUGCUGCUCACCGACGGCUCAGAGAAGGACAAGAAGGGCAAAGGCGGCACGAAGACGCUGAUGAACACCAUCAUGCAGCUGCGCAAGAUCUGCAACCACCCCUACAUGUUCCAGCACAUCGAGGAGUCCUUUUCUGAGCACUUGGGGUUCACUGGCGGCAUCGUCCAAGGCCUGGACCUGUACCGAGCCUCGGGCAAAUUCGAACUGCUCGACCGAAUUCUUCCCAAACUCCGGGCCACCAACCACAAAGUGCUGCUAUUCUGCCAAAUGACCUCGCUCAUGACCAUCAUGGAAGACUACUUCGCUUACCGCGGCUUCAAAUACCUCAGGCUGGACGGCACCACGAAAGCCGAGGACCGGGGCAUGCUGCUGAAAACCUUCAACGAGCCCGGCUCCGAGUACUUCAUCUUCCUGCUCAGCACCCGCGCCGGCGGGCUGGGCCUCAACCUGCAGUCGGCUGAUACUGUGAUCAUUUUCGACAGUGACUGGAACCCCCACCAGGACCUGCAAGCGCAGGACCGCGCCCACCGCAUCGGGCAGCAGAACGAGGUGCGUGUGCUGCGCCUGUGCACCGUCAACAGCGUGGAGGAGAAGAUCCUGGCGGCCGCCAAGUACAAGCUCAACGUGGACCAGAAGGUGAUCCAGGCGGGCAUGUUCGACCAGAAGUCGUCGAGCCACGAGCGGCGCGCCUUCCUGCAGGCCAUCCUGGAGCACGAGGAGCAGGACGAGAGCAGACACUGCGGCGCGGGCAGCGGCAGUGCCAGCUUCGCCCACUCUGCCCCUCCGCCAGCGGGCGUCCCCCCCGACAUGGAGGAGCCGCCGCUAAAGGAGGAAGACGAGGUGCCCGACGACGAGACCGUCAACCAGAUGAUCGCCCGGCACGAAGAGGAGUUCGACCUGUUCAUGCGCAUGGAUCUGGACCGGCGGCGGGAGGAGGCCCGCAACCCCAAGCGCAAGCCGCGGCUGAUGGAGGAGGACGAGCUCCCGUCGUGGAUCAUCAAGGACGACGCGGAGGUGGAGCGGCUGACGUGCGAGGAGGAGGAGGAGAAGAUGUUCGGCCGCGGCUCGCGCCACCGCAAGGAGGUGGACUACAGCGACUCGCUCACCGAGAAGCAGUGGCUCAAGGUAGACGCCUGGCAGCGCCGCGCGGGCGUGAGGCGGGAGCGCGCGGGCAGCCCCGCGGCCACUAACGGGCUCUCAACAAGGAUCUACGAGGACUCCAUCGUGCUGCAGUCCGUGUUCACCAGCGUGCGGCAGAAGAUCGAGAAGGAGGACGACAGCGAGGGCGACGACAGCGACGAGGAGGAGGAGGCGGAGGAGGAAGGCUCGGAGUCGGAGUCUGACGCCCGCGCCGUCCGGAACGGUGCCUUCACGGCUCCUGCCGGGCUCCCCGCUAGCGCGCGGACGGCUGCGGACGCGCCCUUUCCCUUCCACUCCCUUCAGGAGUGCUGCCGGAACACUGGCCUGGGCACGGGACAGUGA